CAAGUCACACUCCUUAUUCUUCUUUUCCGAUUCGAGUAAAACCCUCCCUCGCUUCACUCCGCCAGCAACUCUUGCCGUGUCUUCAGCCGCAAAUUUCUAAUGGCUGCUGCCAAUGGCUCAAGUGACUUGUAUUCAGAGAUGGAGGUGGACGCAUUUAGACGUCUUUUCCCUUUGCGCUAUCAUGAGCAGCAUCUUCUUAAAUCAGUCCGACCUGAUGCUCGAAAGCUCGGAAGCGCUAGAGAUACAACACUUGCACUUGGUGCCGUGGCCUCUGCUGAGGGAUCAGCACUGGCAAAGAUUGGCUCCACUACGAUGCUGGCCGCCAUCAAAAUGGAAAUCAUGACACCAACUGUUGAAUGUCCAGAUGAGGGAUCCAUAGCUAUCGAAUUUCACAUGCCUCCCAUUUGUUCUCCCCUGGUUCGGCCUGGUAGGCCUGCCGAGGCAGCAUCAGUAAUUUCAAAGCAGCUGUCAGACACUAUCUUGAGUUCUGGCAUGAUUGACUUGAAAGAGUUGUGCUUGGUUGGAGGAAAAGCUGCAUGGAUGGCCUACCUGGACAUAUACUGUUUGGAUGCUGACGGUUCUCUGUUUGACGCUGCAUUACUAUCUACAGUUGCUGCCUUUUCGCAUUUGAACAUUCCAGUAGUGUCUUUGAAUGAAGAUGGGCGAAUAGUUCUUGUUUCUGAGGACAAUAUCCAAUUGAAAUUGGAGAAGCAACCUGUCAAUACAGAGAAAAGAAAACUAAAAUUGAACUCUCCACCAUUCUCCUUAACGUGCUUACUUCACAAGAACUACAUCCUAGCAGAUCCUACAGCAGAGGAAGAAUCUAUAAUGGAAACGGCUGUAACUGUGGUAUUGGAUUCGUCCUACCAGCUUGUUUCACUUUAUAAACCAGGGGGACCAGUUCAUGCCCAUACAUCAGUCAUCCAGGAUUGCGUCGCACUGGCAAAACGCAGAGUGAAAGAGCUUCAGAGUGUCUUAAAUGAAGCUAUUUCUGAUAUGGAGGUAGAGUGAAGUAGAUUUUCCUUGCACCAUACAUAGCAUUCAGCCGACAGCUGGUUUCAUCUUUAAGAUUGAGUACCUGAACAGCUGAACUAGUGUACUUUUUCGGGAAAAUGGUAGCCAUGGCUUGCAAAUUCAAUUCUGGUUAGCCAUUAAUUAUCAGUGGGUAAUGCAUAGUAUUUGUUAGUUUUCUUGGUUGUUUCAUUUCUAUCGUUAGCCUCAAGUGCGAUCAACAACUAUACUAUAGUUAUUUCCUGUUGAGUUAUAGUGAUGACAAAUAGGCAGAUUAGAUCGGAUUUGGGCAGAUUGAUAUUUGAUUUGAUUUGAUUACGAUUCAGCCAUAUAAA